CAUUAAAUGAAUAUAAUAAUGAAUCUUCAAAUGAUGAAACAUUGAUUGAAUUUAAAAGAAAAAAUGAUACUAAAUGGGAGAUAGAUUAUAGUCAUCACAUUAUUAGUAUAAAAGAGAGAAAAUCUAAUAAUGAAAUAGAUGACUGGGUCACAAUUGAUGAAUAUGGUGUAAACAGUAAUGUUAAAUAUUAUAAAUUAUUAGAAAAUGAUGAUUUAAUCUUAAUAACAACAUAUAAAUAUAUAAUAAUUCUCUCAUUUAACAAUAAAACUUCUAAAAUAUAUUGCAAGUGUAUUACUAAAAAAGAUUUAACUAAAAAUGAAAUCAAAUCAGCUGUUGACAAUGACAAGAUUGAAGAAUAUUUAUUUAAUAUUAAUUCUAUGGAUUUUAAUUAUUCAUAUGUUCAUAAACAUCAAAUUACUAGGCAACCUUAUAGAGAAAUGAUAUUAUAUAU